UCCGUAGACGAAGAAGAAGAAUCCCAAGCCCCAGUGGAGCAAGCUUUCCCCCUGCUGGGGGAGUCGCGUGACGCCUGCAGAUUAUCUAAGAGCUCGCGCACAGGGACAUAUACAGUCCAUCAUGAGUGCUGCUAUGAAUUUUAAAAAAUGUGGCUCUGUGCUGAUUACUGGAGCCAGCCGGGGCCUCGGGCUGCAGUUAGUGGACAGUCUGGCAAGUGGACAGUUUUCACCUGGAAAGAUAAUAGCCACGUGCAGAAACCCUGGUAACGCACAGAAACUUCAGGAACUGGCAGAGAAGCAUCCCAACAUCCACAUAAUCACUUUGGAUGUAGUGAACCAGGAGAGCAUAGAGAAGUCUGUAGAAGAGGUGAGCAAGCUGGUGCAAGAAGAAGGUCUGAACUGCCUGAUCAACAAUGCGGGCAUCAAAGUGGUGGCCGACUUUCAUUCUGUUACCGCCGAGAUGAUGAUAGAAAACUUCCACACCAACACUGUGGCUCCUCUAAUGAUCACUAAGGCUUAUCUGCCUCUUCUAAAGAAAGCUGCGUCCCGAGGAGGGGCAGGAGGCUCAGCUACAAUGGGAAUCCAGAGGGCAGCGGUUAUUAACGUGACCUCACUCCUGGGCUCUGUGGAGCUCGCCUGGGGUGAGAGAGCCAACAACUUCAAAUGGUACCCCUACAGGACAUCCAAGAGUGCCCUAAACAUGGUUAGUCGCUGCAUGGCUGUAGACCUAGAGCCAGAUGGGAUUCUCUGUAUGGCUAUACACCCCGGCUGGGUACGCACUGACAUGGGGGGGUCAGAGAGGUAUGUGCAGGGCACAUGGCGGCAGAAAGCCAUGGUGACUCUUAUAGACUACCCAGCUCCUAUGGAGCUGUUUUCAAAAGCUGGAGAGCUGAGAAUGCCAUUUUCUGAUGUGGUCAAAUACGGCAUUCUGGGCAUCUCCAUCACUCUCCUACUGCUGGCUCUGGGCAUCUUAGCCUGGCAGAUCUACAGAUUCUGCACAGAGAAAUACACCCAUACAUACACCCAGCAAGAUGCAGGGCAUAAUGAUUUGCUGUAUUCAGACGAAGGGCCAACGACAACAGGAAACUACUCAGGAGCUCCAAGUACCAAACUGGAGGAUGUCAGCACAGAGGCCCACAGACUGAGUCGCUGCCUGUCCCAGCCCUCGUUUCCCUCCUUAGCAUCCACCGAGGAAGCUGGAGACAAAGAAGAGCAGGCGACUAUUCAAAAGGUGGAGGGAUCGAUACGGUUCUCCGUCUAUUAUGACCAGAUGCAGUCACGUCUGGUGGUCACCGUGUUGCAGGUGGAGGGCCUUUUGGAGCACAGUGAGAGCCGAACCCUCCAACCAUUUGUUAAAAUACUGCUGAUGUGGGCUGGAUCAGAGGCUGUAGAAGUCGAGGGCUUUAAAGAUGAAGAGGGUGAAGGCUUGUUGCCUGUUCUGAGGACAGUGCUGCAGGAGUGGCGUACUCGCAUUGUGAAAGGCAGCUGUAACCCUUUAUUUGGAGACCAGUUCAGCUGUGUUUUACAAGAGGAUAAGCUUCAUCACAUCAACCUAAGGAUGGAGGUGAGGGACUUUGAUAAAUUCUCCAGAAACACAGUGUUAGGAGAUGUGAGGGUUCCUUUAGGACAGCUCAACAUCUCCUACCCUCUGGAACUACAAGAGGAUCUGAAGAUACCCCAGAAGGAUCUUGUUGGAGAGGUGCUUUUGUCACUGAAAUUUCUUCCCACGUCUCAGAGGCUGGAGGUUGGCCUGCUAAAGGUCAAAACUGUCCUUUCUGAGAUAUCCCCAAAUGCAGCUCUGUAUGCGAGGAUCAGCGUCCAGUGCAAUCAGUGCAAGCUGAAGUACCAGAAAAGCUCUACAGUGGCUCGGUGCCUGGUGACCGUUUUCAAUGAGGUCCUCUUGUUCUCCUUGCCAGAGGUUCAUCUGGAGCGGUGUAAAAUUUUGGUCUCUAUAUAUGAAACUCGCCCAACAAGCAAAUCAGCCAAACAACUGAUCGGACAGCUGAGUGUGGGGAAGGAGAAGAGUUCAGAAGACGAGCACUGGACUUUGAUGAUGCGCUCAGUCCGCCAGCCAGUAGCAAAGUGGCAUGGCCUACUGAUCUGAAUCACAGCAGAACCAACGCUAUCAUCAUGAAUGGCUGUAUUUGUUUGUUUUUGCCUGAAAGCAUGUGUAUCAGACUGUUCAGGUAUCUGCACUUGCUGAGGUAAAGACCAGACAUGGUUGUCUUCCUGAUCUCACAGUGACAGAAAACUUUUAUUACUCUCAGUACUUACUGCUACUCAGCGGUAAACAUGUGAUGCUCUUCUUACAGUUACAGUUUGUAACAAUGCUUAACUUUCUCAAUGCCACACUAACAUUACUCUCCUUACUCAGUUUAUGAGAGGCAUUAUCUGCGAACUGUUGGUUUAAAUGUUUAUUUUGGUUACUAAAGCAGAAACUGUACUUGUUGCUAUCCACAUGUAAUUAGCAUGUACCUAAAUCAGUACGAGAGGACUCGAAAAAUAAUGAAUGCCACAGUUAGGAUGAUUAGUUGCUUUUUAUUUUUUAUACAAUGUGUAUCUUUUAAUCCACAAUUUAUUCUAUGAAAUGUAAUAUAUGAGACAUUAAAUUCACAAGAUAGAAUGCA